UUGUGCCUUGGAUGAUACAGGCAUGGCAUUUGGCACACAGUCAGAGUAUGUCAUGAGAAAGAUAUCUUGCUAUAAAGGGCCAUCGACGAUUUUGACGAUCUGAAAAUUGCUUGUUGUUUAACCUAGGAAAGGAAAAAUCUGAGAGGGCCCUAUAGCCAAAUAUCUUUCUUAAGACUACUCUGAAUGUGUGCUAAAUGCCAUGCUUGUAUCAACAAAGUGAGCAAUCCCUCCAAAUAUCUCUACCCGACUAUAUAAAACACUGUAAGUCCCUUUAUUGUUGGUGUCACAUUCAGAGAGCAUAAUUUCAAACCAGUUCUGUUUGAUGUAGGCCUACACUUAACAGAAAGUGAAAGUUCGUAUAAUCAAAGGAUGUAUGUCAUAUCCAACGGCUCGGAGCAUACAAACGAAUCAGUUAGGAAAUGGACACAAAAAGUCCGACCUUUCGCCUAGGUAUAAAAAACCGAAACAUGGAAAUACUAAACAUCAGUGAGCAAAACAAUCCAACAAUGGCUGGGCGUGAAGAGCUGUACAGCUCCAGCGUUACCACAGAGGAGACACCUCUAAUGUCUUCAUCGAGACUCAUGAACCAAGAUGGUUAUCCAAGGAAGAUGCAGCCCUGGCCGCGUCCUCUCACGGUGGCUUUGUGCAUCUUGGGCAUCUGGCGACCCGGGACCGCUCAACGCGCUACUCGCAAUCUGCAGGCCGGUAAGCGCGUCGGCCGCGGACCGCUGCCCCGGGUCUACUCCCACCAGCCCGGCGGCCCGCGUGUGGUAGACAGUAACGGGAACACGGUUGGUAUGUCCGGUGCCGAUAGCAGCGGCGAGGGUCUGAUAGCAGUGACCAGGGACGGCGGUGAUCAAGACGAUCUUCCUCCGUUGAGCUGGAGUCAGAGCGUUGGGAGUGAGGAGUGCCGCUUGGAUGACACGCAGUGUGAUAUCUGUUACAGCAAUUCCGAGGCGUUGUAUGAUUUGAAAACCACUGAUACAGAUGGCAAGUUCCAGAAGCUGUUCUACAACGGAGUGAUGUUACUGUAUCUCGUAACCCUGACUGGCUUCAUGACCUAUGACUUUGUCGCCUACUUCGAGGUCUUCUGGGGCCAUUUGCAAAAUGUCCUCAUCCUCGUCUCCUACUUCACCUAUCUGUUCCAGGUGAUAGUGGUUCCGGUCUUUGUAUUGCUCACCCGCUUCAUUGACUGGUUUCAUCUUUUGGAUAAAGACUGCACCUGGGUUGCUCUGCACAGCGAUUUCAUCUUCCAACGAUCUCAGUACCUCCGACAUGGCUCGGGUGUAGCAUCCUUCCUGAGUCUCGGUCUGUUCCUGACUUGGCCGAUCAUCAACGGUGUCCUGAGGAUUAUCUACGAUUGGGUGUACCGACCAGGUGGGGAUAUCCACGCCGUCAUCAGCCGCUGGUGCGCCAUGGCUUCUUACAUCGUCUACGGAUCCUUCUGCUAUCUUGUCUACGCCCAGCGGAGGUCGUUGCAGAAAGAGUUCCGCGUGGUAGCUCACUUCGUGGCCAGCAACGCUCCCAAAGGAAGUGUCGUGAUGGACGUGUGCCGUGACCGGCUGUCCAGGAUGUACCAACAGUAUCACAUUAUGCGAGACUUUGUGGGCAUCUGGAUGGCAUUCACCAUGGCCGUGGCCACCUGGGGACUGACUGCCCACCUCACCUGGAAUUAUGUCAUCUUCAGCUACUGUCAGACCAAAGACUUGGACGGUCUACCUGUACUCAACCUGCUCAUCUGGUCGCAGAAGAUCAUGUUCUUCGUGCUACCUUCACUGGCAGUAGGUGGGAUUAAUAUCGACUACAUGUGGAGGCACUUCCGCUACAUCCUGGCCAAUCACGGUCGCCAUCGUUACAGCACCUUCUGGCACGCCAUCAUGAAGCAUGUCUCUAGAAUCAACCUCCUCGGGCAGGGCCUCAGUGCCACUCUUGUCUUCUCCGCCUUGGGGUUGUAUCUAGGACUAUCGUUGGGCGACAGUGCACAAAAUGUUGCCUUUUGGAACGGCCCUGGCGAGUUUAACAUCAGCAUCUACUGCAAUUUUACCUCCCAUAAAUUACGUUAAUGGGUUCAAAUAUUUCAACAAACACAAGUCGAUGCGGCAGGGCAAAUAGGCCCUACUAACUAUAUUAGUUCACUCGAUGAGCGCAAUUAUUGAUCAGCGCCAAUUCCCCUUCAAAAAUCGGAAUGAUUUUCCGAAAAGCAGGUCCUAUAGCAAAAAAAUUACUUCUUCCGCUUGAUUAACUGCAAACAUGCAUGUUUCUAGUCUAGAAAUUUAAAUUAUGUGACAUAAAGAUAUAAGUUAGUCUAUAGGCCUAUUUAUGAGACGUUUGCGGAGUAACUUGAACGGAGACGCAAACCUCGAAUUAGCGCAUUCUAAAAAAAGAGCCUACUCUUCAUCUGUAGCAAUGGGCAGGAUGUACAUGUACAUACAGUCUUCAAUUUAUCAGGCUAGCCCUAUAGGUAUUGGAUUUGUAGUUUUACAUUUGUAUAACUGUUUUACACUUGAGGAUACAUACAAGGGCGAAUCCAGAACAAUUUCUUUGGGGGGGGGGGCCAAA